AUGAGCCUUGAAGGAGGCCUACGCAAUCUCCCCCUCAUUCUAUCUGGCUCUACACCCGCCAAUGAGGAAAGCAGCCUUGGCUCGAAAAAUUACUCUCAGCCUCCUAAGGCUAUAAUUCUAGGUGGCGGUUACAGUGAUGAUGAUUUGGCAAAGCUCCAAGAGGCAGCCACUAGUUCCCCUGGGGCUGUCAGGGUUCCUUGGCUAAAAGCAGAUAUUGAGAAGACUAAGAGAGGUCCAGAGCCAGGAACACCUGAGUAUAGCCAGCUGGUGGCACUUCGAGUCAAAGAGACGCUGGGAGAUUUACUCAAGCAAAAUGAUCUGAAUCUCACGGAAAAUGAUGUUUUUCUUUGGUAA